GCUAUUCAAUCCAAACGCAACAUCAGACUGCCAAUGAAGUUCAUUCUUGAAUCUAUCACAAAGGAAGGAUGUCGAUGUGGUAUCAUCAAGGAGCUUGGGAGUUGUGGCAACCUGGCCAUCGACACACCAACCUGUCUAUUGUACACCAGAGCUGGCGCUGUGCCCCAUCUGACGUGGGAUCUUGUUGAAAAAAUGAAGCGCAGGCCGCAGUGUUUGCAGAUGACCUGUGCUACCUUAGCUGACCAGCAAGACUCCCUCUCCAGGUUUGGGAAAGGGAUUGGUGAGUUUGCCAGCAUUCCUGCCAAUGGGAUGAUCUACUCCAGCAUCCAAGAUCCCGCUCACCCAACACCAACAGGAUAUAAUGAUAAAAACAGUGUCUCCAUCUUUACCCCUUCUGGAAGGACUAAGGUAACAUGGCUUUCUUUAAAUUAAACAAUAUACCUUUGUACUAUUAAGUGUAUGUGGGUUGCUUAUAGCAUUGGAUGUGAAUUGCUGCCUUUGUCAAGACUAUAGGUGCCCUGACCAGGGAUUGAACCCCAAACUUUCAUGUUUCUAGUCAAGUGCCUCUGACCAUUUGCAACCAUACCACUUUAAAAGUCACAUUGAUGCUGGAUGUGUACAUAGUGGGGACAGGGAUAAACAAACUACUAAUACUAUAUGAGUGUUCAUGACAUAAACAGCUCCUCACAUCUGCUCUCCAGUUUUACAUUGAUUAGCUACUUGAUUGGUGUAUUCAUUGAUUCAAAACAGCACCAAUAUUCUUGGGAUAACACCAGGACCACACUGGACAAUUUAUUUGGGUUCUGGAUUUGUACUUCGGAUGAUAUGAUCCUCCACUUUUUUGCUUUGCUGUAUGUUCAUUUGGGUCAAGUGCAGCCAUGUUCCAGUUUCUUCAUGAACUUUACUCUUUGAUGAUCACUCAAGCCUGAACUCAGGCCACCCCUUUUGUCCUUUUGUGAUGACUACAAUGGAACUUUCUGGGAAAAUGGAGUCAGUGAAGUAUUCAACCUUUGUGUUUCUUCUUGGUGUUUGCUUGUUGAAUAGAAGUAUUGAAUGUUCACAUUUUAUCUUAGCAAGUACAGCAUUUUUCAAUGUGACAUGUUAUCAACCUGCUAAACCUACAAGUAAACUGUGUGGUGGUUUUGUUUAUUACUACUGAUGCACGUUUCCGGAUCUCAAUUCUUUCUGAUGGCGAUGUUAAACCCAAUCCUGGACAUGCAGAAGAGUCAGGCAAGGACCAUGGCAUGUCAGUUGGAGAGACCGGAGGAAAGUCUCCUCAUACUUAUUCCAGGAAUAAACUGUACGAAGUUGGUCAGAAAAAGAUGUGUUUCCAGCGACUUCCUCCUAUGUUAUGGAGAACCCUCACUCCUCUUGGGAUCUCUUACAGGAAGAAAACCAGACGUGGAAAAAGACGAACGACUAGGACAGAAAUUAAUCCUGUUUAUCCUUGUAUCCCACAUGAACAGAUCAGUAUUCUUACCGCAGCCUCUUACACAACCCACGACAACGAUACGACCUCUAACGUCACAUCAGUUGCAUUAUCCAAUUGAUAUGGGACUGUUUAUUGCUCUACAAGAAGCUAUCCAGCCUGACUGGUUUGAGGCGUUAUGUGACGGGGAUACACCUCAAGGAUGUUCAGUCAAAAGAACAAGGAAAGCUGUCGACAGAACUCUCACACUCCUUGAUGCUUGCCUCGAGGCACAACAAAAAUCUGAGAUACUACGUCAAUCGGACCUCCUAGGGGUCAUCGAGGGUGGGCAGAUAGUGGCAGAGAGGCAGCGGUCAGCAAAGGAAACUGCUCUGAGACCGGUAGCUGGUUUUGUGGUUGAUGGUGUCAUUGAUCAAGAGAUGGACACUAGUACCAAGAGUGAAAUCAUUCAAGCUGUCCUGAAAGAGCUACCAGAAAGCAAACCUAGACUCCUACCUGGUAUCAGCAAUCCAUGUGAUGUUCUAGAAGCAGUGGAGGCAGGGAUAGAUAUCUUUGAUUCUUCAUAUCCUUACAAAGUUACACAGAGAGGUUGUGCUCUAGUGUUUCCUUUACAUGGACUACCAGAUUCUCCAGCUAUAGUAGAUGCAGAAUCUAUUGACUCAAACCAAACUCAACAGGUAACGGUCACUGGUAAUGGUCAACAGGUCAAUACAUCUGGUGAGGGUCAAGAAGAGAAUGGUCAAAUUGAUCCAAGAUUUGAGCUGGAUCUUUCAGAUUCAAGGUUUGCUGAAGAUUUUAGCCCAGUUUUUCCAGGCUGCGACUGCUACUGUUGUACGCACCACACCAAGGCUUAUAUCAACCAUCUUCUCAAUGUCAACGAACUAUUAGCGAGAGUGUUACUCAUGACUCACAAUUGCCACCACUACUUUGAGUUCUUCCACUCCAUCAGGACAUCAUUAAAAGAAAGGACAUUCCAGAAUCUGAAAGAGACCAUCAGCAGCAGAUGACAUUGGCCUUGCAGCUAGUAGGUUAUUCUUGUAUCUAAUGCCACUGACAGUCCUCCUAACAACAUCCAACUUGAUGCCAGCUUUCUGUUUUUAUAAGUUCAUCAAUUAACGCUAUAUCCACAUUGCAAUAUCAUGUAUUACAACAUUGUGAAUGGAGUAGUAUGAGUUAUACAUCCAACUUGAUGCCAGCGUUUCUUUUUUUAAGUUCAUUAAUGAACCCUAUUCCGACUUCACAUUCUCAUGUAUUUACUGCAUUGUGAAUGGACUUGUAUGAAUUUUACAUCCAACUUGAUGGCAGCGUUUUCUUUUAAAGUUCAUUAAUAAACCCUAUUCCGACUUCACAUUCUCAUGUAUUAACUGCACUGUGAAUGGACUAGUAUGAAUUUUACAUCCAACUUGAUGGCAGCAUUUUCUUUGAAAGUUCAUUGAUUAACCCUAUUCCGACAUCACAAUCUCAUUACUGCAUUGUAAAUGGACUAGUAUGAAUUUUACAUCCAACUUGAUGGCAGCAUUUUCUUUUAAAGGUCAUUGAUUAACCCUAUUCCGACAUCACAAUCUCAUUACUGCAUCGUAAAUGGACUAGUAUGAGUUAUACAUCCAACUUGAUGACAGCGUUUUCUUUUAAAGUUCAUUAAUUAACCUUCUCAUGUAUUACUGCAUUGUGAAUGGACUAGUAUGAGUUAUACAUCCAACUUGAUGCCAGCGUUUUCUUUUAAAGUUCAUUAAUUAUACCUAUUCCCACAUUGCAAUAUAAUGUAUUACUACAUUGUGAAUGGACUAGAACGAGUUAUACAUCCUACUUGAUGCCAGCGUUUUCUUUUAAAGUUCAUUAAUUAUACCUAUCCCACAUCGCAUUCUCAUUUAUUUACUUCAUUGUGAAUGGCCUAUACAGCAUAUUAUGCAACAGGUACAAUAGAUGACCCAAGUUUCAAUAUGUGCCUUCUCAACUCUCCUCUUUUUUAAAGAGAUUUUAAACAUUUUACAAUUCAAAAAGAAAUACCAGACAACUACUUUUGAAAUCCAAGUUAGCAAUCAAACAUCAUAACCCAUAUACAAUUAUAACAUGGAGAUCUUCCAUACACCAUGCAGGCUUUUGGAAAUAAGACUAAAACAGAAAUUGUACUUCAUCUCUCCCCCAUCUCCUAAUUUCCUAUGAAUUUCUAAGAGACUUUUACAUGUUUUAAUAGUUGUGUGAUAAUGCAUGUACCAUACUGACUUGGAAGAAGUGAUAUUGAAUUCUUGCCUUGUGAGUCUCUAGAUUAACCUGGGUCUCGUAACACAAAGGUUAGCAAUUAAUCGUACGCUUGAUUUUUACAAUUGUCUAUGCAAUCAAUCUUAGACAAAUGUUCAACGAUCAUUGCUAAGCUUUGUGUUACAAGUGAUAGAUUCCUCUGACAUUGCAAGAGGUGGAAAAUCCUGUGAGCUUAACAGACCCAUUCAAGGUUGUCAUUAACUUUUUGAAAAUGUGAAUGAAAAGUAUCUUUUUAUUUGAGGUUCAAAUUAACUGAAAAAUUAUCAACAUAACAACUUUGGAUGAUUGCAAGCCUUUAUUUUGGAGUAAAGGCCAAAGUAGUUUCAAAUCGUAGCCAAUGGUACUGUGGCGUAACUGGGCUCUGUCGGGGUAGCGUUGAGGAGUCCCAGUCCACACUUUUCUUCACUUGUAUACCUCUUUGGGGGCAGAUUCUCCCACAAAAAUCUAUUGUGCAACGUGAUACACCUCUCUUCCUCUCAUAUCUCUCUGAAAUGCAUGCAGAAUCAAGCACUAGCACUCACCUUAAAGAAAACGUAAUGGAGAGAUCUUGUGUACAGUAUAAGUCUUACUUUAAUAAUCGGAGCUAACUAUUCACAACCGCACGUCAUCACAGCUCCUAGUGAACUGACGUACUUCUCAAAGUUCUCACAUCAAAAAUAUAUACAAAAUAUACAUGAAAUAUAUAUAUAUACAAGUUAUACAACUCGUUACGCUAUGCAGCCCCUCCCCAAGUCUGGGCUGUCCUCGGACCAUGUGUAAAAACUAAAAAGGAUAAAAAUGUAUCCUUGUAACACUCAUCUCACUUUUCAUGAGUAAAACAUCUUUUCUAAAUAAAACAAGAAAAGAAACUAUAUAAAAACAUUGUUAAAAAUAUACUGAUAUAUAUGUUGGCAUAGCACAUAAAGAAAGCACUGUUCUUCUCACACUUGAAUGAGUUUAAAGACAUUUUUGAGACCUUUCCUAAAAAAAAAACAUUCUGAGCUUCAUGUCCAAACAUGAGGUAUUAAAGUUUAUAAACAAGGCAAGUAUAAAAAGUAGAUACUGAUCUUUUCAACUGCAUAAUAAGUAAUAUCGAAUAUAACCUUAAGCAAGCACUGUCCUCACAAAACAAAACAGAUAGUCUAUAUACAGAAAUACAUAGAAAAGCGAGGAGAGUUGUAGUGAGAGCAGGAAAAUGUCAAGAUGAGAAGGAUAUAGGAAAGGUUAGAAGAUAGGCAAGGAAGACAUACAGUGAGUAAAAUAUACAUUAUACAUCAAAGCAUAAAUUGGAAUACAAAAAGCAACUAGACGGAAUGUUCCUCAUGAAAGAUAUACUGAUUUUUGGCAUAUAACUAAAGUUCUGAAAAGUGGCAAAGUUCUUACUGAUGAGAUCCGUGCUCAAGCGGUGUCGGCCUUGGUCGUUCCCGCGAUCAUAUCAACUGUUAACUCCCUUGUCACCUCUUGUUCUGAUACCAGUUCUCCUUCCCGAAAACACCCGACGCGUGGUCUUUUCUGUGAUGGUUUUUAGAUUCCCGAUUAACCCACGCUCCACAUCUUCCACUGACAUUGCCGGACCCUACCCUUGCCCCCAUGUACAUGGUUAGUCCAGGUGUACGUGGCUUUGGGGGCGACUCAACUGCCUUUACUACCACCAUUUGGUAUGUCCGUGACUUCUGCUCGUAGGUGGACCUUGCCCCCCCAGAAAACGUAAGCAGAACUAUGUUCCGCCACCCUGACAAGGUUUCCUGCCAAGAUCCUCGUGGGCUCAAUGAUAGGUCAAUGAUAGGUUUUCCUAAUUUGACCUCCUCUGGCAAGUCCAUGCCCUCCUCUAGUUCCGACUCAAAGUCUGACUCCAAAUCCUCAGACUCCUCAGUGCCUCUGUUGUUAGGUCAAUCGGAAGAUGAAUCUAUUGCCCCAACAUCAGCAUGUUUGAAGUCUCUCUUGUGGAGUCUUGUGAGCACUACAGUAGGCAAAUACCGCAAUUGCCAACUUCUCAUCCCAGCCCCGUUGCCGUGUGGCUCAAAACAUCAUUGAGAUAUUGUUCAAUAGAGUGUCAUUUAACUUUUCGAUGAGCCCCCAUGUAUUUUUUUUUGCUGCUAGAUAUGAUAGACUAUUAGUCUAUAGGCAGCAGUUGCAGCGAAAGUCAAAGAAAUGACAAUCACCCUCUGCUGUUCAAACCUUACUAAAGUGGAUGUAAAACACGAUAUUCUCUCCUUGGCGUCUGCCUUUAGAAUUGUCUCACACUUCUUAUAUAACAGCACACCUUCCAAAUUACUCUGACAUCCUUCUGAUGGCUCAGCAAAUAAUACAAAUCAAGUUACACUUUUUUUUCAAACGAUUCAUUGACUUUCUUCUUUCCAUUUCCAUUUCCUCCCACAAUGAGCAAGGCCAAGGUGCCAAGUGAUCUGCCUUGUCCUUAUCUAAGAAUGGGUGGAUCUCUUUCCAUAGGUACUCUUCCCUCUCCUUAGAAAGUUCAAUUGUUGACUUUAUCUGAGAGAGUAUUGGGAUGUCCGCAGAGUUCACCAAAAGGGGGAAUAUUAUGUUGGACAUGUAUGUACAUCACCACAAAAAAUAUAUUAAUUAAAGUUCUUGACUUAACCCCUGUAGUAUAUCCUGCCAAGGGGAACAAUGAGUAUUUAUUCAGGUUCUUCAAAACUUUGCAAAGUUCCAAGUUACAAUGUUUAAUAAGAGAGUGACCUUAUGUACACAAUUAGUUAGGAUCGCGUUCUGUCGAUGAUUGAAAACUGACUAUUCUCCCCCAAUUUCCCACAAUUAUACCUAGAUUUAUACAAAUACAAAAAGGAAUGCUGAAAUACAAGAUCCUAACUAGUAGACUUCUUAUUACUUGUUUUGUUUGGGUACUAUUGUUUUUUAUCUGGAGUUUUUUCUCUUUAUCGUGCUCUGCAAUCCAGAAACAGAUUUACAAAAAUGAGUAAUGGUGAUAGUGAUCUAACUCACCCGUCGAUACGCAUAACGCCCCGUCUUGUUGCAACACAAGAUCAUAAGACUUCAUGUCACUUGGUAUAUUUGUGUACUGUUCUUUUCAUGAUUGUUUUUUCCUCAUGAUUAUGCUCUGCAAUCCAAAGAAGGAAUUGCAAUAGACAGUGCUGCAAUUUACUUGGUAGUGAUUGUGAUCUAACUCACCCGUUGAUACACAUAAU